CCUCUCGCCUUCACAAACAGGACAACUCAUUGGCAUCAUCAAAUAUUUAGUUUCAACUUACAUCCUUUUUACAUUUGAGAUUUUUUAUUUGUUCUUCUCUCAAACAAUAACAAAAAAAUGGGUUUCCAUUUCAACUCUAUUCUAAGAGGAUCGGUAACAGCUAGACAAGCAACAUCAAAAUCUGUAGAAGUGAGAAAGGGCUAUGUUGCGGUGUAUGUUGGAGAGAAACUGGUGCGGUUUGUAGUCCCUGUAUCAUACUUAAACCAACCUUCAUUUCAAGACUUGUUGAGUCAAUCCGAGGAAGAAUUUGGAUAUGAUCAUCCCAUGGGUGGCCUCACCAUUCCUUGCACGGAAGAUGUCUUCCAACAUAUAAUUUCUUCCUUGAAUGGACUAUGAAUCUUACACUGUAGCAUACUCACAUAGACUAGAUUAAUUGAGACAAUUUUCAUUUUAGGCAUCUUUUUUACUUGUAAAUAUUACCCUUUUCAUGGGAAAUGGAGAAAAUUUACUAUUUGAAUAACAAAUUAAAGAAAUUGCUGUCCUCU